AUGGAGAUCAUGAGAAUAUGUCCCUCAAGCAGGGUUAGUCAGUGUGUUUUAAAUCUUACCUAUGUGCAAUUUCUGCAGAAAUGUGAAGGCUUCUUGCAACCUGAGUUCCGGACUUUUGCUGUGGACCCACAGAUCACUUCACUGGAUGUAUUGCAGCACAUUCUCAUCAGAGCUUUUGACCUCAAUGGGAAGAAGAAUUUUACCAUCAGCUAUUUAAGCCGAGAUAAGCAAAACCAAGAAAUGUACUUGUCAUUGAUGUCAGACUGGGAUCUCGGGAUGGCCUUUGCUGGAGCUUCUAAGCCUUUUUUACAACUAAAGAUAGACAUCAAGCCCUUGGAAGACAGCCCCCUGCUAGAAGAUUGGGAUAUUAUCAGCCCUAAAGAUGUUAUCAGUACCGACCUGCUGUUAGUGGAGAAGAGGUCUCUGGCGGCUGCAGCCCUGCCCUUCACCCAGUCCAUCAUUUCCCAGGUGGGACGGACAUUGUCAAAGGUCCAGCAGGCACUCAGCUGGUCCUAUGGGGAAGAUGUCAAACCUUUCAAACCUCCUUUGAGUGACUCAGAAUUCCAUACGUAUUUGAAUCAUGAAGGCCAGUUGACAAGACCAGCAGAACUGCGCCUCCGAAUCUUCCAUGGUGGAGUUGAGCCUUCAUUGCGCAAGGUUGUUUGGAGAUAUUUGCUAAAUGUCUAUCCUGAUGGCUUGACUGGACAGGAGCGUAUGGAUUACAUGAAGCAGAAGACACGUGAGUAUGAGCAACUGAAGGGGGAAUGGGAAGCACGGACCAACCCUGAAGACCUGGAUUUCAUCCGUAGUAAUGUGCUGAAGGAUGUUCUGCGAACAGAUCGCACUCAUCCCUACUAUGCUGGUUCAGAUGAUAAUCCUCACCUGACAGCCCUGCAUGAUCUGCUGACCACCUAUGCUGUGACCCACCCACAGAUAUCCUACUGUCAGGGUAUGAGUGACAUUGCUUCUCCCAUCCUGGCUGUAAUGGACAGUGAAGCACAUGCCUUCAUCUGUUUUUGUGGCAUCAUGAAACGCCUGGAAGGUAACUUCCAGGUAGAUGGUGAAGUCAUGUCAGUUAAAUUUACCCAUCUCAAGCUUCUCCUCCGCCAUUCAGAUCCAGAUUUCUACUCCUACCUCCUGUCUCGGGGUGCUGAUGACCUCUUCUUUUGCUAUCGUUGGCUGCUGUUGGAGCUGAAACGGGAGUUUGCAUUUGAGGAUGCCUUGCGCAUGCUGGAGAUCACAUGGAGUUCCUUUCCUCCUGAUCCUCCAGAGAAGGAAGUGGAAUUAGUGGGCCCUCCAGCCAGGCCCGGAGACAGCAGCCAGUCUAUCCGAAGGAGACACAUGCUACGCCCAGCUUGUAGUUUUGAGGCAGCUGGGGAUCGGCCGUGCCAGGGGGCAGUUGCUGAAGAGAAGGUAUUAGUAAAGCAAUCUAGUUUUGGGGAAUUCAAGUAUUACAUUACUCAUAAUGAAGACAAUUUGGAGGAUGACCCAUCACUCAGAUCUCAGCACUCAGAGGAUGAGAAGGAAGAUUGCACCAGUGAGCAGGAUCCAUUGAUUCAGACAACUAACAUGGCUAAAUCCUUCUCUGCUCCAUCUCUUCGGGCCUUGACACCACCCUCUCGAGAUUCUGUCUCCUCCUCAACUAAUGGCAAUGAGGAAAGUCAAUCAGAGGAAGAGAAGGGAGACUCGGUAGUUAAUACCCCUUCUUCUAACUCCCAUGGACCUACUUCUUCUUCUACUCCUCCUGCCCUAGUCAGCCUCCCUCCUCCGCAAGAAUUUGGCAAAGGCAACCCCUUUGUACUCUUCUUAUGUCUUGCCAUUCUUUUGGAGCAUCGAGACCAUAUAAUCAAAAACAACAUGGACUACAAUGAACUAGCCAUGCAUUUUGAUCGUUUGGUACGCCGGCACAACCUUAACAAGAUCCUUCACCGUGCCAAGGCCCUGUUUGCUAACUACUUACAGUCAGAAGUUUGGGAUUCUGAAGAGGGAGAUGAGGCAGCAGCUGAAUCUCCUGCCGUUUCAUGAUUCCCCCUUCGUCUUGAUGUGUAGGGACAGGUUCCCUGCGGUCAUUAUGGUGCAAGCAUCGAUGUGGAAGAGUGGUCAGUGAAGUAAUCCAAUUUAGGCUCAAUCAUUCAGCAAUCCUCUUGGAAGAUGGUCUGGAGCAACUAGAUUGGAUUGCCACACUCAAUACACCUUCUGUAUCUAAUGUAUCUGUUUUUAACGAACUCUUUAGACAAAUAUCCCAUCCAUUUUGGUGCCCCAUUCUCUUCCAAGUGCUAAAUAGUCUUUCAAAGAAGAGUUUACCCUGCAGCAGCCAGGUUCUUCCCAUUUCCCCUCCCUAAUCAAUACUUCCCAAAUAUUUCUCCCUCUGUCUACUGCCCACUUCAUUUCUUAAAAUGUUGGUUGCUAAGAGACCCAGAUUGAUUUCUGAUCUUUCUAGAAUCAGGAUCUUUUCUUCCACAUAGCUUUGCCAAAAACAUUUUUAAUGUUCCAUCCUGGUAUAUUUUUUAUUUUCCAGCAGUUUGAGCUCAUCAGAAGUUCUACAAAGAUGCUUCAGCUUUUUAAAAAAAUGCCUCAUAUGCUUAUUUCAGUGUUUUUUGGCCCAAGGUUUUUUUUUUUUUAAAGCACUUCAUUUUUUUCCGGGGCUUCUGUUCCACUUGUAGCUUUUGAUUGUUUAAAAAAAAAACCUAAUAUCCAUAAACAUGUAAAAACAAAAACAAAACACACUGGAUGUUUCCAAAACUGGCAAUUAUCUGAAGGAGAGUCAACGGUUUAACGAGAGGUUGGGCAGAGAGUGGAGACCUGAUGCCAAAGUGCCCUUAACAGAAUAAAUUUGAGGUGUGCAGUACUUUAUGCUGUACUUGCACGUGCCUUUUGAUUAGUUGUCUUCCCAAAAACAUAUCAUCCAAGACUGACUCUCUGCACAUAUAACCAUGUCUGAAUAGGUGAGGCUCAUUUGUAGGUGAUUUAGCUGGCCCUAUUCAAAUCCAGAUGCUUGCUCAAAGUGUCAGAUUGUCAUAAUAGCUCUAAAAUAUGUAGCAGGAAAUUCUGUAUCUUGCAGCUAGACAGAAGUAAUUUCUACUAUUAUUUGUUAACCUGACACCAAGGGGGAACACAUAAUACUAUGUGCAGUUUGAUUUCCUGCCAAAGAUUUUUGAAUCUUUGACUCUCCCCAAUGGCUAUUUUAGGGUUAUAGUAAAAAUAGAUUCUUGCUCUUGCCUGUUGUCUACAGUUAAACUAAAUGAGAGAGGUGAUAAGAGAUUGAAGUUUGAAGACAGUGUUGAAUGAGGUCAAAUCUGAGCUAUGUUGGUUGCAUCUUUUCUUUCUAGGUUCAAAGUCAUCUGCCUAGAAUAAUUUUUCCCAUUCUGCUUUAAUCAGUUGAGCAGAAAGGCAAAAUUCUUGGUAUCAGCCAGCUGUGUUCCUUGAGGUCAGUUUUCUACCUGUAACAUCAUCAGGCAGUUUGAAUCCAUAUUUCUUUUAAGCUAGGCAUCUUCUGCAUCUGUUAAUAUUUUAUUUUGAGACACAGGGAGGGGGAAAUGUCUUCCCUUAGUAAUAUUGGAUAUACAAGCACAUGGCUAUUGGCUUUUUCCUCUUAGCCUCAGACUUUGUAUAUAGAUUGGGUAAAGCUGGCAUGCAGGGUUUUUCUAAUCCAUUUUAAUUAAAUGGCCACUAGAAGGAGCUGGAACUUAAUUUAAGGUAACCUAUGAAGCAACGGUGAAAUAGGUCUGUAAAGUAGGGAAAGCCAACCUGUCACAUUCACAAUCCCUUUUCAUUAGCCUUCUUAGCUAGAGUGAAUGAGAUUUUGUAACAUCUGGAAGACUUCAACCCCUGUUGUGGAGUAUUCUUUACCUGUUUGGAUCGAUGGUAUUUAUGAAGUUGGAGUAAUUGCAGGGAUGAUGAUAUUUAAUCAAAUGAUUUAAACUACAAGCCUUUUGGAGAGGCCAAGAAAAGGGCAUUUGAGUUCCCCAUACUGAUAGUUAAAGUGUGCUACUACCAACUCAUGGCUGUAAAUGGUGCCUUAAGAUCUUUGAUAUUAAUGAGGUGUAUCCUCCCGCAAUGUAGAAAGCAGCAUGUCUUGCUUUUAAGGAAAUCAUAUUCUUAAUUUACUCAGCUAUUUCCUGAAUGAACAGUAUGAGUUAUGAACACAACAUUUGGAAGUCCUAAGUGAAUCAGGUAUUAUGGAUUACAAUUAGCAUUUCUACUUUUUUUUCAACACUUUCUCCUUUUGUGUAAUAGUCUGAUCUGGGACCAUCACAUUACACAUUUAAACUAUAUUCUAUUUUUCUAUAGGUAGGGUUCUAUGUCUUUCUCCAACCAAACGUCUCUCUUGUAUUGGUUUUAGUUAUCUUGAAACCACAGAUCCACUCGGGCUGCUAGUUCAAAACUCAUGGUGUAAAUUGCCCUGGAUUCUGAUGCAUGCUGAUGGUAUUCCAACUCGUGUAACAAUAGCUAGUGAUGUUGUAGGGCAACCAGACAGGCUGUGGGAAUACCAAAAUAUCAAGACUAUCCCCAAUUCUUUCUGUGCUCCAUGUUGCCUAAGCUAGCUUCCUAUCUAGUUUAUAACAAUGCUUCUCCAUGAAAAUUUUUGUUUCUUCUAAAAAAGACUUCUGCCUAAGAAUCAAUUGCUAUUUCCAUCAUGAUUUGCCCUUUGUGUUACCGCGAGCUUACAUGAAAACAUGCAUGUAAUAAACUAUAAUUAGUUGAGGUUGGAAUUUGAAGCCAUAUGUUAACCUUCUCACAUGACAUCUGAGAAUAUAAGAGCGGUCAAGUGAUAUGAUAACAUUAUGCUAGUCCUUAGAUGGUCCAGGCUGACUUGAGACCAGAUAUGAAGUCUCAAGCCAUAUUUAUCUGCGUAUUUCAAAGUACUAGUGAAGGUGGGUACAUUUUACUGCUUCCCUAACAGUGAGCAUUUCAUAUGCUGCUGGUGAUACUGAAUUGGGUAGAAUAUUGAAUAGAAUACUUUUAGGUAGACAAAAGUCAUGGACUUUCUCAAAAGAUCAGAAGGCAGUAAGAUGUCAUGGAGCAACAAUAGCUAUUGCAUAGACUUCCAAUGUGUGAGGUUAAUUUUCUGUUUUAAUUUGGUUUGGGCAUAUAUUUUAAUCAACACAAAUUCUGAAGCAUUUUAGUUAAGUUUAUUUGGCCCAAGCCAACCUCCUCCCUUUUGAUUCUUGAUUGGUAGGUAAAGGGCUAAUAUUGCUGGGUUUAAGCUGUGGCAUUUUUUCAGGUGGGAACCCCUUUUCUUUUUAGCUUAUCCCUUUCUAAUCGGCUUAAAUUUCUAACAGGGCUGUCAGUACAAAAUAGUUACUAUUGGAACCACAUUGGCUGCAUUAGUUUUAAGGGUCUGAUUUUCAACAGUAAGUAAAUUGCAGGCAACAUACUUUAUUCUGACUUGUGGAGGGUGGAUCACAGACCCCCCUUGGUGAUUUGCUUCCUCCAUGGUGCUAUUGGAGUCUCUGUGUCUCAGCCAGGUUCUCUUGGUUAUUUGUUUAACUUCCGGACAGCUGGUAUACAAUCUGGAUAGCUUUUUUCCCCUCCUUAUGAGGACAGGAUGGGCCCGGCCUGUGCCUUUUCCUAUGCUCAGAAAACUUACUUUAGGAUUAAAUUUGGACCUGCCACCAAGUUUGAAUACAGAGGUAAGACUCAAUAGGCUGUAUGUGUACACUUAUUUUGAAUCUUAAAUUUGGACUGAUUGGGAGGUAGAGGUGUUCAUUUUAUCUCACAUGUCAAAUCAUAAAUUACAUACUAAAUUGUGAUUCAUCUCUUUAUGAGGCAAACACUGUAAAAUAAGUAAACCUAACCUGAAUUUAAGUUCCUUCUUCAGAUUACUUCAGAUGCAACAGACAUGUUUCUUAUUUCACAGAGAUAUCCAACUGAAAUGUAGCCUCUUGCAUCCAAAGGCUUUAAAUGAGAGUCUAUGAAAUGAGAAUUCAUCAUACUGUUUUUGAUUAAAUAAAUCUUUGAUAUAUUUCAAAAGCAUGUAAAUCCUUCAUGUCCAUAAAAGAUUAGGAACAGAACAAGUAAACCUCCAUGCAACUGGCAGUAAUGCCAUAAUUGUAGAAUUUUCAGCUCCUUUUAAUUAAUUGCUUGACUUCAGUGACCAUCCAAAGUUUAUGCUUAAAAUAUAUUGCUUCUCCAAAUCUCUAUAAUUCUAUUUGCUUAUUUUUCACUGCUGCUUUCUUUCAUUAGUGUUUUAAAUUAGUUCUCUGAAGCAAAUAAUGGAAUUGACUAAUGCUAUAUUGCAAAAAAAAAAAAAUGGUUACAUCAGUAGGAGGAGAAGAUACCUUAACAGACCCUCUCUGUACUGUUGAGAUAUCCCUGAAAUUUCCUUGCCUUAUAAUCCCUGCCUGCUGCUCUGGGUUUUCUUCCCUCUCUACUGUUAUCACCAACAACAAAGUUAUAAUUCAGAUUCUCCUAUUUGUUUCUCAGGCAAAGAAUCUGACUAUCAGGCAGCUACCACACGGAGAUGGAUCUGAUCUAGUUAUUAAAAUUCAGUGAAACAGCCUGGUAGUUUGAGUGAAAUGAACACAAAUUCUUUUGUGCUCUUUGUUGGUUUUUGUGAGGUUUGCAUAAGGAUUUUGCCAUGAUUCUUUAAUAGCAGAAAUAGUGGUGAUAAUACGGAAGCUACUGUAUGCCUUAUUUCUGCUUCUAGAUGUACACCAAGAGGGGAGUCUUGCUUGGGGUUUAUUACAGGGGUCCAAAUUCUCCCCCCCCCCAUAACUUUGAGAACUAUGUUACAGCUGAUAUAUCAUUUAUCAGCCAAUCUCUGUGUACAAAUGCUAUAACAUAAACUCUAUUUUGCAUACUCCAUCUUUGGAGCCUCCUAUGGUACUUGAAAGCUGGUGGCCAAAUUCUGUUAGAUUUCCUUCCUCCAUUUCUGUUCCCAUGCCUGAGGAAAGUCUUCUAAUUUAUUAAAGUUUGUUAUUCUGUCUUAUAUUUAUAUUUAUAUAUUUUUAUCUUGCCAUUGUAUUCUUUUUUGUGCUAUUUAUUUAUACAAGGUUUUUUUUCUUUUUUUGUUGUGAUGCUUUACAUUUGUAACAGGGACUUGUGAAGAGCACCAAGGCUUUAAGGAAGGUUGUAUGAGCUAAGAACCGGUGGUGCCAGAAUCCUGGUGCUUACAUAUUUCGUCUAGUAUCUUUGUAGUGUCACACCGAGUCUUAAAAAGAUGGUGAGCUUGUUCAAAGCUGAAGAAAACCCUUUUGAAAAUUAAAAUUUGCAGUAAAAAGAUAGAAGGGAGCCAAAUAAAGUGUGUAGCCAAAGGUACCGUAUAUAAACUGGCCAGCUCAGAUAGAGGUGUCAUGUCUGUGACAAUGCCAUUGAGACCCACUAUCUAAAGUUUUGGGAAGUUCCCCUAAGCAGGCACCUGUGAAAUGAAUGGUAAUACAAAAGGAAUUCUUCUCUUCACUUCAUUUGUUUGAGGUUUGCACAAAACCAUUCCCGAUAUCCUCUAUAAAUGAAUAGAAAGGUGAUAUGUGGAGUUCCUGUCUCAGGCAUCAAGAUAUUUUGGCUGCAUAUAGCUCUGGAUUUUAGUGAUGUUAAGGUUUAAAGUUGCUUUGAUGGGCUGAGAAAAUGAAAACCUUUAACCUAUAUUCUUGAUAACCUAGUCACUUAGGUUCAUUCCACUGGAUAGUUUCUAAGAUUCAGUGGAUCAGGGAUUGGUCAUCACCAGCACGCCUGAAGAAGGAACCAAAAAGGAAGUGACCAGAGAAAGGCUGUAUGAUAUUUACAGUUAAUUUUGUGUUUCAGCCCUCACUCCACCUCUCCUCAGGACAAGGCAUUUAUACUGUUGCAUGCUUGACAGUACCCUUCUCAUAUAAACUUUUUCUCUUUUUUUUGGCUCAUGUACUUGUGUAACUAUUUUCCAAUUUUAUCUCCUCUUAAUGUAUUAUCAUUAAAUUCAGAUGGCCAUUUUUCCUUCUGGGCCUCAAGACACUUUUGUCUCUUGCUUAAAACAAAUAUGAUAAAGGUUUGAAAGACAUAAUAAAAAAAAACUGUUGCUUGUU